AUGCCUUGCGCGGGGAUCUUCACCCCCUGCCAAACAUACCACACAUUCCCCGAAAACGCUUCGUCGGAUCUAAAAACCCUCAUGCGUUAUGGCUUCCCACAAGAAAUCGCGGAAAAGGUGUUAGACACCAGGGGCAUGACGAACUGGGAGGUUCUACAACCGGAUUGUACUGCCCUUCUGUUCAAAAAGUACUGGGACUGGAUGAAUAUGAACAUUGCUUCGAGGAGACGGAGAAGAGGGACGGAGAGGGAGAUGAUGGAGGAACUGGAUCAGAUGGUCGGGUCGGCGAACGGGAGAAAGAAAUGUAUUAUUCUUUAG